AUGAUAUCUUCUGAAUAUGAUGCAUUAGAAAUAAUUGGUAAAGGAUCCUUUGGUACUGUACGAAAAGUUCGUCAUAAAACCACGGGGGAAAUCCUUGUUCGUAAGGAAAUUGAAUAUACUUCUAUGAAUGAUCAUGAAAAGCAACAACUUGUUUCUGAAUUGAGAAUCUUACGUGAACUAACCCAUCCUAACAUAGUCAAGUAUUAUCAUGACGAACAUUUACCCGAACGAAAGUCAAUUCAUAUAUAUAUGGAAUAUUGUGAUGGUGGAGAUUUAGCCAAAGUUAUAUCCAAUUUUAAAAAGAAUAAGGAGUCCAUACCGGAAGAAUUUAUAUGGCAAGUUUUAGUUCAAACUCUAUUAGCAUUGUAUCGAUGUCAUUAUGGACAAGAUGCACCAAAAGUCAACUUGUUUGGAAGUAGUAAACUGCCGAAUGUUAAAGGGGAAGCUGUUAUACAUAGAGAUAUAAAGCCUGAUAACAUAUUCUUGAUAAACUCAGGUAAAACUGUUAAACUAGGAGAUUUUGGAUUAGCCAAGAUGUUGACCUCGAAGAAUGAUUUCGCAAAGACCUAUGUUGGUACUCCUUACUAUAUGUCGCCAGAAGUAUUGAUUGACAAUCCGUAUUCUGCCGUGUGUGACAUCUGGUCAUUAGGAUGUGUCCUAUAUGAAAUGUGUAGUUUACAACCUCCAUUUCAAGCCAAGACUCAUUUACAAUUACAAAGCAAGAUUAAAUUAGGGGUAAUACCCGAUUUACCAGAUACUUAUUCUUCUCAGCUUAAAAUGAUUAUAAAGGAAUGUAUUACGGUUGAUCCAGACUUACGUCCUUCAUGUUUUGAUCUUAUGGAAUCACUUUCGAUCAGGUUUAUUAGAAAGGAAAUGGAAUUAAAAGAGACUACUUCUAAUUUAAAUGAAUUCCAAACACAAUUGUUGACCAAGUCAGAAGAAUUAAAAAAGAAGGAAAUCAACUUGAAUGGCAUCGAAAGAAAAUUAUUGACUCAAAAAGAAGAAUUGGACCAGAAUUUGAUUAUCCAAAAGAAAUAUCUUAAAAAGCUUGAAGAUGAGUUAAGAGAAGAGUUUGAAUUGAAGAAAAGAGCCAUGGACCUAGAAGCAAAAGAAGUAAGAUUAGGAUAUCAGCGAGAAUUCAAAUUGGUGGUGGAACAAGAAGUUCAAGAACGAGUUAAGGAGAUACUUAAUAACGAAUAUAGAAAGAAUUUAGCACAACAAUCGCCCCGAGUUUACCAUGCUGAAGUUCAAUCACCUAAACCUAGAGGUCCUAAGGAAUUAUUUGAAGAGGCCAGGAGAACUCCCUUGAAAAACAGAAAUAAUGAAGAUAUAGAUCAUAGGACAUCACCCAUCAGAUAUCAAGGUGCCAUCAAGAAAAGAGUAACUGAUGAACGAGAACGAUUAAAUUUAGACAAGAGACAUACCCCAGAAUUUGAAGAGGUUUACCUUCGAAAGAAUUAUCGUUAA